AUGGCUGCCCAUGGUACCAAGCGUGGCUUGGGAUCCCUCAAGUCGCUUAAGGGCUCGGCUUCAGCUCAGGUUCAGUCCCGGCAAGUUGGCCGAGGGGUCCGAGUUAUCAAAAUGGGCUGUUCUUUGCUUGUCUUCGAGAGUAUCACUUGGACAGAGGUCUUGCAGGCUUCCUGGUUACUGUCCGGCUUGUUCUCCUGGUGCCGGCAAGGCUCCCGCAUACACUGCUCUAUAUACCCUGAAUUUUACCCCAGGCAUGGCAAGGGGCGUCUACGGCUAUGGCUUCCGGAGACUGAGAGUACCAAGGAGGACUCUAUGCUGAAUGGAACCCAAUUGCAUGAUCUCAAUGAUAAGGCAUUCACUGUCCUUAGGAUGUCAUGCCAGGAUCUAAAAAUUGCUCUGGAUAUGGGAUCUUCGGCAGCUCACCAACAAGCCAUGGCUAAGGACCACUUGUAG